UGACAUGACAUGCUAUGUUAUGGGGUUAUCCCCUAUUCUGAUCCUUAUGUGUUGUGGCACCAGCGUCGGGAGGGUGACCACGUUCUGUCUACCGAGUCCCUUGGCGGGGGCCGGACAUGAUAUGGCAUAUGUUUCUGUACACAUUCCUUAUGUUUUGAAAUAUGCAUUUGGUAUUCUGGAUUUUUGCAUUCCUUUCUGUUCGUUCUGUUUCCGGUUAUGAUUUUGGUUUCUGUAAUUCAGGCUUUACAUAUUCAGUACAUAUUUCGUACUGACCCCCUUUCUUCGGGGGCUGCGUUUUCAUGCCGCGCAGGUACCGACGACAGGUUUGCUGAUCCGUCCGUCUAGGAUAUUUUUCUGCCAUUUGGAGCGCUCUUUUAUUCAGAGCCCAUCUUUUGUGAUGCCUCCGAAAAAGGCGACGGCCGCCCAGAAGAAAAAGGGCGUGGUAGGAGAGACCAGUCGGGCUCAGAAGGGUACUCGGACCCUUGCUCAGAUGAUGCGUGAUAUUGCGUCCCAGCCAGCAGACUCUACUACGUCUUCAUCAUCAGAGGAGUCUGGAGCACCAGUCGCUGCCACUAGGGGUCGGGGGACGGCUACACCAUUAGCUCCAGAGGCUCCAACGGCCGCGCCUCCAGUUCCCCAGCCAGGGGCAGAUGAUGGUACCCUGCGAGAGGCAGUUCAGCUAUUGACUCGACUGGUAGCGGGGCAGGCUCGCAGACGCGGGCGGAGGGAUGAUGAUGAUGAUGACAGGCGUGACAGCCUGAGGGUUCGAGAGUUCCUAUUAUGUGGCCCCCCAGAGUUUUUUGGGUCUAAGCCCGACGAGGACCCCCAUGACUUUAUUCGGGGGAUGCGACGCUCACUAGACUUGGUCAGGGCUUCAGAGACUGAGUCUGUUGAGUUGGCCUCGCACAGACUACGGGAUGUUGCUGCUCACUGGUAUGAGUCCUGGGAGCUAUCCAGGGGUGAGGGUGCUUCCCCAGCUACUUGGGACGAGUUCGUGGCUGCGUUUACCCGCCACUUUUUGCCCCCAGAGUUACGGCGGGCGCAGGUUGAUCGAUUUUUGCAUCUGCAGCAGAGGGGUCGGAGCGUUCGUGAGUAUAAUUUGGAGUUUGAUUCUCUGGCCCGGUAUGCACCUGCCAUAGUAGCAGACAUGGCCGAUCGGAUGCACAGAUACGUGAUGGGGUUAGACCGUUAUUUGAUUGAUGGCUGUAUGGCGGUGGCAUUGCAGACAGAUAUGGAUAUCGCCCGACUACAGGCCUAUGCUCUGGGUAUGGAGGACCGACACAGGGACGAUUAUUCCAGCAGAGAUCGGGACAGGAGGCCGCCCAAGAGGGCCAGGUCUGCAGGAUAUUCUGGAGAUUCCCGAGGCAGACAGCCUCAGCCGCAGCAGCAGUCUAGCUGGCAUUCUUCCCAGCCGGCACAGAGCACACCUCCGCAGUUCUCAGGCAGGAGAUUUGAUAGCCCAGGGUAUUUAGGAGCAGGCCAGAGCUCCGGGGUUUCAGGUUCGCGGGUAGACAGGAGUUCCGGUCAGACGAGGCCACCCAGGCCUCAGUGUUCUUACUGUGGGAGAUACCACCCUGGAGAGUGCUACCGUGCUACAGGUGCUUGUUAUUCUUGUGGCCGCCAGGGCCAUACUGUGAGAGAGUGCCCGUAUAAGGGUAAUUUGGGAGGUGCAGCGCAGCCUACCGGGUCAGUCGCUGGGUCAUCGUCUCCUUCGAUAGCCAUACGCCCUGCGGGGCAGGGUACGUCGACAUCAGCAGGCCGCAGCAGAGGUCGUGGCGGAGCUCCCAGUUCAAGCGGUCCUUCGAACCGCAUCUAUGCCUUGACUAGUCGACAGGACCCGGAGGCGCUACCAAACGCGGAUACAGGUACCGACGACAGGUUUGCUGAUCCGUCCGUCUAGGAUAUUUUUCUGCCAUUUGGAGCGCUCUUUUAUUCAGAGCCCAUCUUUUGUGAUGCCUCCGAAAAAGGCGACGGCCGCCCAGAAGAAAAAGGGCGUGGUAGGAGAGACCAGUCGGGCUCAGAAGGGUACUCGGACCCUUGCUCAGAUGAUGCGUGAUAUUGCGUCCCAGCCAGCAGACUCUACUACGUCUUCAUCAUCAGAGGAGUCUGGAGCACCAGUCGCUGCCACUAGGGGUCGGGGGACGGCUACACCAUUAGCUCCAGAGGCUCCAACGGCCGCGCCUCCAGUUCCCCAGCCAGGGGCAGAUGAUGGUACCCUGCGAGAGGCAGUUCAGCUAUUGACUCGACUGGUAGCGGGGCAGGCUCGCAGACGCGGGCGGAGGGAUGAUGAUGAUGAUGACAGGCGUGACAGCCUGAGGGUUCGAGAGUUCCUAUUAUGUGGCCCCCCAGAGUUUUUUGGGUCUAAGCCCGACGAGGACCCCCAUGACUUUAUUCGGGGGAUGCGACGCUCACUAGACUUGGUCAGGGCUUCAGAGACUGAGUCUGUUGAGUUGGCCUCGCACAGACUACGGGAUGUUGCUGCUCACUGGUAUGAGUCCUGGGAGCUAUCCAGGGGUGAGGGUGCUUCCCCAGCUACUUGGGACGAGUUCGUGGCUGCGUUUACCCGCCACUUUUUGCCCCCAGAGUUACGGCGGGCGCAGGUUGAUCGAUUUUUGCAUCUGCAGCAGAGGGGUCGGAGCGUUCGUGAGUAUAAUUUGGAGUUUGAUUCUCUGGCCCGGUAUGCACCUGCCAUAGUAGCAGACAUGGCCGAUCGGAUGCACAGAUACGUGAUGGGGUUAGACCGUUAUUUGAUUGAUGGCUGUAUGGCGGUGGCAUUGCAGACAGAUAUGGAUAUCGCCCGACUACAGGCCUAUGCUCUGGGUAUGGAGGACCGACACAGGGACGAUUAUUCCAGCAGAGAUCGGGACAGGAGGCCGCCCAAGAGGGCCAGGUCUGCAGGAUAUUCUGGAGAUUCCCGAGGCAGACAGCCUCAGCCGCAGCAGCAGUCUAGCUGGCAUUCUUCCCAGCCGGCACAGAGCACACCUCCGCAGUUCUCAGGCAGGAGAUUUGAUAGCCCAGGGUAUUUAGGAGCAGGCCAGAGCUCCGGGGUUUCAGGUUCGCGGGUAGACAGGAGUUCCGGUCAGACGAGGCCACCCAGGCCUCAGUGUUCUUACUGUGGGAGAUACCACCCUGGAGAGUGCUACCGUGCUACAGGUGCUUGUUAUUCUUGUGGCCGCCAGGGCCAUACUGUGAGAGAGUGCCCGUAUAAGGGUAAUUUGGGAGGUGCAGCGCAGCCUACCGGGUCAGUCGCUGGGUCAUCGUCUCCUUCGAUAGCCAUACGCCCUGCGGGGCAGGGUACGUCGACAUCAGCAGGCCGCAGCAGAGGUCGUGGCGGAGCUCCCAGUUCAAGCGGUCCUUCGAACCGCAUCUAUGCCUUGACUAGUCGACAGGACCCGGAGGCGCUACCAAACGCGGAUACAGGUACCGACGACAGGUUUGCUGAUCCGUCCGUCUAGGAUAUUUUUCUGCCAUUUGGAGCGCUCUUUUAUUCAGAGCCCAUCUUUUGGUACAGUCUGUCACUACUGUAUUUAUAUAUUCUCGUUCAUGGGUACGGCGGGGCCCUGUCCCGUCAUAUGAUUCUGUCGGUCUGUUUAGAGGUCUGUAGACAUGUUUGUGGGUUGGGGUCUUUCUGUACGGAUGCGUGUAUAUGUUGUGUUUGGGCGAUCCCAUUCACCGCGGCGGCCGGUCCGCAUAUGUUUAAAUGUUGCUUUGUUGGCCCUGGGUGGUCAUUGUUGGUAUUAUCUGUGCGCAGGGUUAAUUUGGAUAGUCUGUAAAACAAAGGAAACUCUGCCGAAAUUUUUCUGGAAAUUAUCUAAAUUUGAAAUAUAGCCUUGUCGGCUUCUGCUAUAUACUUGAAUGCGUUUGAUAAAAAUUUGAGAUAGCAUUUGAUAGAUGUGUUUGGGUGCCCAGAUCGGGCACUAGUCACGGCCUAUGG